AUGGAUGAGGGUAAUAUUUCUCAGAAUGUCAGUGAUGGCAAGAAAACAUACUAUGGGAAAAAUGGGAAUACCAUAGGCCUAAGUAGGACAAACGAGCCAAAUAUUAAAACAAAGGAUAGAAAUGAGGAAGAACCACUCACGAAUUACAAACGAUAUCACCAUAUACUCUCGGAAAGUAGUGGAUUGUCAGCCAAUUACGAACUAUCUGCUAUAUACCAUGGAAAUAAUAAACAGGAGGAAUUAGAGGAAAAGGGUGAUCUUAAAUAUUAUAGGGUAGCGGAGGUAAUAUAUUGGUUAAAUGAUGAACACAAUUUGUUUCCACUGAUCAUUGGUCUUGGUACACCAAAACCAACCUAUUUUAAACGUGAAGGAAAUCUUCUUGGUAACAGAUGGAAAUGGGCUGAAAAGAUUAUACCUCCAGCUACAAUAUCAGAAUAUCAGAGAGUGUUGUCUGAACUUAACACAAAGUUUAACGACGUUGUGAUAGUCAACCUCAAUGCCGAUAAAGAUAAGAAGUACUGUGGUCAUCCUUCCAAAGAUGAAUUUAAGGACCCUAAGGACAACCCUAAAAGCUGUUCUCAGAAUGGAACUUCCUUUGUUACCAUUACUGUUUCAGAGAUAACUGGUACAGUUCCUAGUGGCUUCAAAGGUCUUAAGCACUCUCCCUCUGGAAACAAGAUGAGAGUUUUAGGAACAUACCAUGGCAACUCUAUGAUCUCAUUUAAGGAGUCCAUUGUAGCCACAGAAUAUGAAUCCGUAAAUGCUUAUCACAGAUCAGGAAAGAGGGAUACUAAGCCUUUGUUAUUAGAACUGUCAAAUGGACCAGGUCAGGAAACAUCAAAGCUUUAUACUCUUGGAAAUAAUAAAUGGAUGCCUUCUACAUACUCUCCAUCAGAUCUUACCAAGGUGCUCGAUCAGGAGAAUUGUCUGCUAAAUAACAUUGUUGUAGUAGAUCUAUCUAAAAAGAGGGAUAAAUAUUGUUGUGGCAUGAGUAGACAUAGGAAGAUUCAAGCUUUAUUGAAUCGUAACACACCCGAUGGAUAUACUUCAUAUAUGCACCUUAAUAAUAGGUAUGAGAACAACUUUAGCUUCAACAUCCAUAGGUUCAAGGAUGACAAAGAACAUGUAUGGCCAAGUUCUAUAAAUAACAUAAGAAGUGUAUAUGCCUAUUUCUGUAAAAGUGAUGAUCAGAAUAAGCCAUUAUUACUCUAUGUGAAUCAAGGAUCAGGGAGUGGAAAAUGGUUUAAAAGGACUACUGGAGGAAGCAACUCUUGGGUAGACACUGAUCUGAAUUCCCUGAAAACUCAUACACCAAGUUCUUCUAGCAUAAUAGACGCUAUUGAGAAAGAGCUUAACAAAAUUUGUAAGGAACUCAACAUUGGAUGCUCACAUGAUUGGGUACUUCUGGACAUAAAGGAUCUCCUGUUAAUAUCUGAUGGUGAAGCUGGUAAGAAUGGAGACGGUCCUGAUGCUAAUCUGUCUGGUGGAACUAAUGAUGGAGCUGUUGGUGCUGGGGGAUCAGGCUCUGGUAGUUCCAGUGUUGGCGGUAGUGGUACUCUUGGAUCUGAUGAAAUCGUUGAUGUAGGCCCUGGAGGAACUCCUGUGGCUAAUGAUAGUUCACAGGGCAUUUUUAAGCAGAUACUUCGCUACAUUACAUCUAACCACACUGAAAUUAGUGCUAUAGGAUUUGGAACUGGACUAGGUGGAAGCGCUUUAGGAUAUGGUGGAUAUAAGCUAUUUAUCUCCCUAGCAACUCGUGUGUAG